AGCAAAUUUUCCAAACUCAGCUAAAUUUUUCUAUAAAAAGCGAUAAAUUUUCACUUAAAAAUGUCUCGUUUUAACUUCGAAUCGGAGUUGGAUGAUCUCCUACGUCUUGAUGCACCUAUGGGUAAAGGACCAGUGCCAAGGUGGCAAAGAAAAGCGAAUUCAGACCGCUCUCAUUCACCGCUUCGUUCCUCACGGUUGAAUACGAGUAGCAAAACUCCUUCGAAAACUCCAAAAUCCAAGACUCCAAGGACCUCAAAAACACCCAAAACACCUUCCGAAGACAGAUUCAUCCCAUGUAGAAGUAGUAUGAACUUUGAGACCAACUACUACAAAAUGGUUUCGACGGAGAGCGACGACCAAGAGAAUGAAAGCCCUUCGAAGAAGGACUACAAGAAGAACGUCUCGGAAAAUUUGAAUGGAGGCGAAGCGAAUGCUAGAAUUCUUGCUUACAAAACUAAAGCACCUACUCCGAGAGAAGGUCAUAUGAACGACCUUCGUGUGCUAUACAGCCAGAGCAAGACGACAUCUACGACCAAGAAGAAGAAUGCUCGCCAUAUAUCACAAGUCCCUGAGAGAAUCUUGGACGCUCCAGACCUUCUCGAUGAUUAUUAUCUCAACCUGUUGGACUGGAGUUGUAAUAACCACCUCGCUGUUGCUCUCGGUGGAUUCGUAUAUCUGUGGAAUGCAGGUUCUGGUGAUAUUGUUCAACUCUGUCAGAUGGAUUCAACUGAUGUCUAUAUUGGUUCUGUUUCCUGGAUAAAAGAAGGGAACUUCCUGGCCGUGGGUGCCAGUGAUGGAACUGUUCAGCUGUGGGAUGUAGAGAAACAGAAAAGAGUUCGCAACAUGACAGGUCAYCCAUCAAGAGUGGGUUCUCUCUCAUGGAAUUCAUACAUAGUUUCAAGUGGUUGCCGAAGUGGUGCAAUUCACCAUCAUGAUGUGCGUGUUGCUGAGCAUCACAUAGCCACUCUACAAAGACACACACAAGAAGUAUGUGGUCUAAAGUGGUCACCAGAUGGAAAACUACUAGCAAGUGGUGGUAACGACAAUAUCUUGAACAUCUGGGAUGCUAGUGUUAACACAAGUACUUUGAAUGAAACUCCUCUGUUUUCAUUAUCUGAUCAUCAAGCCGCUGUCAAGGCACUAGAUUGGUGUCCAUUCCAGCGUAAUGUUCUAGCCAGUGGUGGAGGAACUGCCGAUAGAAAUAUCAAAUUCUGGAAUGCCUCAACUGGUGUGUGCUUGAAUAGUAUUGACACCAAGUCUCAGGUAUGCUCCAUCAUAUGGUCCAAAGAGUACAAAGAAUUAAUAUCAAGCCAUGGAUAUGCACAAAACCAGUUGAUUAUCUGGAAGUAUCCAAGCAUGACCAAAGUCACAGAACUAACUGGCCAUUCCUGCCGAGUUCUCCAUAUGGCCAUGAGCCCUGAUGGCCAGACUGUCGUUUCUGCUGCAGCUGACGAAACUCUUCGUUUAUGGAAGUGUUUUGCUACAAAUCCACAAAAGAAGAAAACUAAAUCAUCAUCGUCUAUGACAAGUGCAAUCAUUAGGCAAGGAAUUCGUUAAUUGUGAUUACAUCACGAAUAAAUCAAUAAAAAAUUAAGGGUUACUGUUGGUUUUUUUAUACCAUGUACAAAGACAUAUAGUAUACAUAUUUUAUAUAUAUUUGAGCAUAUUAUAAAUAAGACCAAAAUUUCUAGUGUAAAAUCAUAGAAGCGUUAAAAAAUUACCAAGAAUGUAAUUAGACUUCAUGUCACUUUGUACUAUGUUUUUAAUAAUUAUUAAAAGGUCUAAAUUA